AUGGCUGCCACUCCCAUCGCAGUAGCGGUGGCAUUAGGUCUACUGACACUGCUCUACAUCGUCACAGGAAAAAAGAAGGGAGAAAAUAAACCCCUCCUCAAGCUUCCCCUCAUCGGCGACCUCCAUAGCUCCCCCAUUGAGAAACCGCUUUUGAACUGGGACUCAUGGACAAAGGAAAAUGGACCUAUUGCAGUACCAAAGCUCUUUGGACUCAUACCGAUUGUGGUAUUGAAUUCAUAUGAGGCUGUGACAGAGUUGUUCAGCCGCCGCAGCCAAUGGUACAGCAACCGCCCGCCCUCCGUCAGUAUGGAGAUGAUCACAGGGGCUGGACCCGGGCAGUCAAAAUUUACUCUGAUGCACGACUAUGAUGAUCAUCUCAAGUUUCACCACCGCAUCCUAGCGCCCAGUCUCGGUGCUCUUGCUGCCCCACAGUACCAUCCCUUGAUGGAGCUCGAGUCCAAACAGCUACUGUUUGAUCUAUCAAAUGCUACAGGGCAGUUUCCCCAAGGAAUCAGCACAGAAACUAUCUAUCCACUGCUUGAGCGCACUCAAUCGAGUGUCAUACUUGCUCUGCAUUAUGGCAUGCGCAUCCCAAGUUUUAAGGAGCAUAUCUUGCAUGAGAUCAUCGGUAUCCAGACUCAAGUAACCCACCUCGCUGCGAACCCCGGUAUUCCAGAUAUUAUCCCGCCUCUGCGCCACCUGCCAGCAUUUUUGUCACCUUGGAAGCGAGCGGCCGACAAGCUGUACGCCACACAGGUGGAUCUCUAUAUGCGCCUGUUCCGGCACGGGAGGGACUCGGCAGGCUGGAACUCCACCAAGCAAGCCAUCGCCACAGUGGAGAAGUACUCUGAAGGCGGUGUUCCGGACCUUGACCUCGCUUUUACCCUCGCAACAUCCAUCCAGGGAGGUAUGGAGACUUCACCGCGGCAGCUGCUGUGGUUAUUCAUUGCAGCGCUGCACCAACCGUCCUUCAUGACGCGGGCGCAUGCCUUGCUCGACAAGGUCGUCGGACGUGACCGCCUCCCCCAAUUUUCGGACCGUGCGGGGCUCGCUUUCAUUGACGCUAUUAUGCAUGAACUUUUCCGUUGGCGGCCUAUUUCACCAGGAUCCAUUCCCCGUAGGGCCGACCGGGAUGAUGAAUUCAAUGGUGUCAAGAUCAAAAAGGGGGUCACUCUCAUGGCCAAUGCGUGGGCUAUCGGCCGAGACGAGAAGGUCUUUGAUCCCGCGCUAGGAGACACUCAGGACUUCGUGCCUGAGCGGUGGCUCCAGCGCGAUGAUAGCGGAGAGGAAAGAGUGCGAACGGAUCUUCCGUUGCCGGUUUUUGGGCAAGGCCGCCGGAUCUGCCAAGGAAAGCGGGUCGCUACGGAUGGAUCUUUCAUGCAUGUUGCUUGUCUGCUGUGGGCGUUUGAUAUCGAGCCUGCUGAUGGGGAAGAGGUGGAUCCAUGGGCGAUGGUUGUGGCAGGGUUCAUGACAAUGCCGAGGGAGGUCAAAUUUAAACUCCGGCCCAGGGGUGACUGGGUACUGGAUGUUAUUAAGAAAGAGUGGGAGACGGCGGAGAAAAGUCUCGGAAAGGUUAUGGGAACUGACGUUGAUGUCGAAAAUAAAUAA